GGUAAGAGGCCUGGGCGAAGACAAUCGAGUGGCAUCCUGGGACAGGGCGCACUCACCGGGGCCGGGGUCGCGGGACUGGGGUGUUGCCGUGGAAGCUGAGCCAGGUGCGGGCGAGACGGGCGCGGCCGGCCGACCCCGACUCAGGGUCGCGCCUUGUCUCGGAAGGUGGCCGUCUUCUCUCCAGGAGGAGCUUGUGAAGUGGGGAAAUGGCACCUCGCAAGGGGAAGGAAAAGAAGGAAGAACAGGUCAUCAGCCUUGGACCUCAGGUAGCUGAAGGAGAGAAUGUGUUUGGUGUCUGCCACAUCUUUGCAUCCUUCAAUGACACUUUUGUCCAUGUCACCGAUCUUUCUGGCAAGGAAACCAUCUGUCGCGUGACUGGUGGAAUGAAGGUGAAGGCUGACCGAGAUGAGUCUUCUCCCUAUGCUGCCAUGUUGGCUGCCCAGGAUGUAGCCCAGAGGUGCAAGGAACUGGGCAUCACUGCCCUCCACAUCAAACUACGAGCCACAGGAGGAAAUAGAACCAAGACCCCUGGACCUGGGGCCCAGUCAGCCCUCAGAGCCCUUGCCCGCUCAGGAAUGAAGAUCGGGCGGAUUGAGGAUGUCACCCCCAUCCCCUCCGAUAGCACCCGCAGGAAGGGGGGUCGCCGUGGUCGCCGUCUGUGAACAGGAUUCCUCAAAUUACUGUUUUCUGUUAAUAAAUUGGCUUUGUGUGAGCUA